CAAUGUAUUGGGGAGGCGUAUGUGUAGGGUAGUCGAGGAUUGUUUAAACUAGGGAAUGGGGGGGCAGGGAGUUUAGGACAGGCCAGGUUUAGAUCUAUACAUGGAAGAACAAACAAUGGUGUAGAAACAAGAAUGCAUAGUAAUGUAAAUUCUAAGCAAACAUUUAAAUGUAGAAGGAGUAAUACAUUAAAAAUAGCUUGCCUUAAUGCUAGAAGUAUCAAAAAUAAGGUAAGUGAGUUGGAGUUAUAUGUAGCAGAGCAUAAUUAUGAUAUUAUAGCAAUAACGGAAACCUGGCUAAAUAACAAAGAUGGGGAUGAGUGUAACAUAGAGGGAUACACAUUUUUUAGGAAGGAUAGACAGAACAGAAAAGGAGGUGGGGUUGCUGUUUAUGCCAAGCAGGAUUUAAAUGUAAUUCUUCUUCAGUUGGAUGAUGAGCCCCAUCGUAGUGAGGACAUGUGGCUUCGCCUGGAAAAUAUUAGGGAAAGAGGUCUUAUUUUAGGAGUGUGUUAUAGACCACCCAAUUCAGACAGUAAUUUCAACACACAUCUUUUUAGUAAUAUCAAAAAGGCAAGUUUACAGGGAGCUAUGAUAGUCAUGGGGGACUUUAAUUAUCCAAAUAUUAACUGGGAUAACCUUACAGAUGGCGGAGUACAAGAGCAGGAGUUUUUAGAAGUAAUCAAUGACUGUUUUUUAACACAGCAUGUUAAAGCACCAACACAGGGUGAAGCCUGUCUGGAUUUAGUAUUUUGUAAUAAUCAGGAUAGAAUUGAGGGUGUAGAGGUGAUUGAACCACUAGGGUCAAGUGACCAUAAUGUAAUACAAUUCUCAGUAUUUUGUAAGAGUGCAGAUGCAAAGACUAAAAUUGUUAAGUUGAACUUUGGUAGGGCUAAUUUUGAGCAGAUGCGACAAAGUCUAAGUAGGAUACACUGGGAUAAGCUUUUAAGUGUGGAGACAGUCGAGGAGCAGUGGAACAGGUUUAAAAAUGUUUUACAUGUAAUGCAGGACAGAUACAUACCUAAAUUUGGAAUUAAUAGGAAUCUAAAAAAAACUCUAUGGUGGAUUAAUAAAGAUUUAAAAAAGAAGUUGCAAAGGAAAAAACUGCUUUAUAAGGCAUAUAACACUAAUGACUGCAAAGUGAAUUGUAGAGCGUAUGAGAACAUGAGGGCAACCAUUAAGAAGGAUAUCAGGAAGGCUAAAAGACAGUUGGAGAGGAAUAUAGCAGAUAAGGUGAAAGAAGACCCUAAAAGAUUCUUGUAGUAUUUUAGUAGUAAAAGAACAGUCAAGAAGGAGGUCAAGUGCAUCAGGAAUAGUAAAGGGGAAUUAAAAGAUACAGACAGUGAAAUAGCGGAUGCCUUAAACUUACAUUUUUCUGAGGUGUUUACAAGUGAGCAAGUGGAUAACCUCCCAGAGGUAACAGGGACUACUAAGGAGGUACUGAGGGAUUUGGAAAUUGUAGAGGGAGAAGUACUGCUCAGAUUAAAUAAGCUGAAAUCGAACAAAUCACCAGGACCAGAUAAUAUUUAUCCUCGUGUUCUUAAGGAGGCUAGUGAGUACAUAUAUAAACCCUUGCCGCAUAUUUUUAGGAAAUCACUGCGCACUGGAGAGAUUCCGAAGGACUGGAAAAUGGCAAAUGUAAUCCCAUUAUAUAAAAAGGGUGACAGGGCAGAUCCAAGCAACUAUAGGCCAGUAAGCUUAACAUGCAUCACAGGAAAAUUAAGGGAAGGAAUUAUUAAGGAUAAGAUCGAGCAACACCUGGCAAGGACAGGAGUUAUUCUAAGCAGUCAGCAUGGGUUCAGAAGAGGGAGGUCGUGUUUUACUAACAUGCUGGAAUUCUAUGAGGAGGCAACAAAAGGAUACGAUCAAAGUGGAGCUUAUGAUAUUAUUUAUCUGGACUUUCAGAAAGCAUUUGAUAAGGUGCCACAUGAGAGGUUGGGCAUCAAACUAAAAGAAGUGGGAGUUCAGGGUGAUGUUUUUAGAUGGGUGCAGAAUUGGCUCAGACAUAAGAAGCAGAGGGUGAUGGUGUGAGGAACCUCAUCAGAAUUGGCCGAUGUUAAGAGCGGUGUUCCACAGGGGUCAAUGCUAGGGCCGCUGCUAUUUCUAAU